CAGGAAAUCAGUCAUUUAUUUUUAAAUAUGGAAAGAACGAAUAUUAAAUGAAUAAUAUAUAACAAUAUAUCAGUGAUAUAUUUAUAAAUAAGUGUGUGUGUGUGUGUGUGUGUGUGUGUGUGUGUGUGUGUGUGUGUGUGUGUGUGUGUGUGUGUGUGUGUGUGUGUGUGUCUGCAGGAAGAGGAGGAUCUUUGUUGGACAGAAACUGAGCAGGAUUCAGACAGAAGCAGCGACAGACUUUAGACUCCUGAGGGGAUGGAAGUGGCAUCACACUGCAGUGCCUCUGAUGUCACUGAAGUCAACAAGGACCCCAACCAAUCAGAGUGCAUCGUCAGCCAGCCAACAGCCAAUGGGACGAUCACGCAUCACGCUACAGAAGAGGCUCCGCCCCCUCUCUCUCAUAGGCUGGAGGAUGACAGCAGUGACGACUCUUUGACAGACAGCUCCUACACCAAUGACAUCUCUCGACUUCUGCCUGCCCCGCCCACCUUUGCACUCCGCAAACAGAGAGGUGUGGAUGGAUCAUCAGUGUCACCUGUCUGCACUCCUCCGUCUUCAUCCACCUGUAGUAGACAUCAUGAGAGCACCAAUCAGAAGCAGCUAUCUUCUACCAAAAGCCACACCUCCUUUAAGACCGACGCCGCCCACAUUAAGGAGGUUGCCGGAGAUGAUGGAUUCAUAAAGACUGCGGCACAGCGCCUCCUGCUGGACGUCUUCAGAACUUCAUGUUUAUCAGGAGAUAAGGGUCCUAAUGAGGGCAGCAUGGUGGUUCUCAUGGUGACCUCACAGCUAGAAGGUUCUGGUUAGAGUCCACAUGUUCUCCCUGCUGGGUUCUCCAGGUUCCUCCCACAAUCCAAAGACCUGCUGAGGUUCCCUGGAGGUUCUGAACUGUCUGUAGGUGUCUGUGUCUCAUAUGUUUAUUGGCAUGUAUACAUCAAACAAUGAAUACAUUUUGGUAUAAAUGAUCAUCACAUAUGUGUACAUCUUUUCUCAAUUUUUUAAGUCUCCAAAAAGCAAAACAAAUAAAAUAAAUAAAUACAUUUCAAUAAAAGAAAAGAAAAUUACAAAACAGAGCACAAACAAAACAUAAUAAAAAAAACUCACAGGAAGAGUUUUGGAGUGUGGGUCUAACUAAUGUUAAAAAUAAAAUGAAUGGUUGCCACUUUGUGUUAAAUUUGUUCAAAUUACCUUGUCUGGAGUACCUUAUUUUCUCUAGUCUUCAGAAAGACAUGACUUCACUCAUCCAGAGUGUUUGUAGAUUUCCAAUUUAGGAGGAGAUGACGUCUCACAAUUAAAGAUGUAAAAGCUAAGACUUCUUUUUGAACAGAUGUAAAGUUAUCAUAGUCUUUGGGGAGACCAAAAAUUGCAAUGUGGGGAGAAAUGUCAAUGGAUUUUUGAAGAACUUUGGACAUUGUAUCAAAAUAAAUCUGCCAAAUAUUUGUUAAUUUUGGGCAAAAGAAAAACGUGUGUGAGAUUACAAAGUGAUCCAGAGCAUCUGUCACAGAUGUCAGCUGUGUUUGGAAAAAAUUGUGCCAGUCGAGUUUUAGAAUAGUGACAUCUGAACAGAACUUUAAAUUGUAUUAGAGUCAAGCGGGCACAAAUGGAGGUCUUAUGGAUAACAAUCAGUGCCGGUUCCCACCAGGAAUCUUCCAAAGUUAAGCCCAACUCAUGCUCCCAGGCCUCCUUUAUACUAGUGGUUCAGUAACCAUCAUAAGACUGAAUUAUGCCAUAAACCUUUGAAAUUAUAGACCUCUGUAAUGGAUUCAAUUGCAAAAGUGCAUCACAUUUUUGCUCAGGUGGGAUUUGAGGGAAAUUUGGAAAUAGUGAUUUUACACAAUUCCUGACUUGAAAAUACCAAAAAAGAUGAGAAGAAGGGAGAUCGUAUUCCCUAGUUAAUUCUAUAAAAGAGCAAAAAAUUCCAUCCUUAUAGAGAUCUUUGAAUGAUUUGAGACCCUUAUUGUGCCAUAUUUUGAAAACAGAAUCUGUGAGGGCAGGUUUGAAUACAUGAUUUCUCAGUAAUGGAGUUAAUGCAGUAGGGUCAGUAAAUUUAAACUGUUUCCUAAAUUGAAACCAUAUCUUUAAUGUAGAGAUCACCACAGGGUUGCUAGUGAAGCCAGAAGGGUUGACUGAUACUGAGCCUGUCAUCAAGGCUCGUAGAGAAGAUGAGGAACGGGACUGUUUCCAGUUGACACCAGGGUCAGUCCAUCAGUUUCAGCCAGCAUAGUGCUUUGGUUAUAUUUACUGCCCAGUAAUAGAAUUUAAAAUUUGGUAAAGUAAGACCACCAUCAAAUUUGUAAUUUUAAAGAAUUUUCAGCCUCACCCUGGGUGUCUUGCCAUUCCACAGAAAUUCAGAAAUCAUCGAGUCAAUAUUUUUGAAAACACUUUUUGAUAAGAAUACAGGCAAACAUUGAAACAGAAAUAAAAAUUUAGGUAGAACAUUCAUUUUAACUACGUUAAUUCUUCCGAUCAAUGACAAAGAAAGAGAACCCCAUCUUUGAAAAUCAGUCUUUGUCUGAUGGACCGUUACCUGUCCAGGUGAACCUUCCCCCUCAGUCAGCUGGGAUAGGCUCCACCCCCUACAGAGGACAGCUAACGGAUGAACUAUCCUGUGUGAUAAAUGUUCUGUAGAAGUUCAUUUGUGUCAUUUUCUGUGUGUUUCAUAAAUAAUGAGCUGCUGUGAACUUUUCAACCUUCAGCUGAACAUUUAGUCACUUAUUAGAAUUAUUAUUAUUAAAUUGCUCUUAUUAAAAGCCAUCACAGUGGAUGAUGGAACUUGAUCUGAAUCCAUCUUAAAAACACCUGACACCUUACUGAACUCUGUUCUCUAAGAACCUUCUUCAUUUUGCUUUUAUGUUUCUCCUCAUUAAACCUGAAGUUGUUGCCAUGGAAACAGGCGGUGUGGAAAUAAAACAAAUCAACAUGC